AUGCCAAGAAAGGCCAAAGAUGUAGCAGGAGCUCUCGGAGUCCUCUCCUUUCGUAGCACCGACGUAACCUGCCGGCCGGCCUUUCCCCCCCUCCGCUCCGAGACGCUCUCUCUCACUCGGCGAGGACUUCUCAGCGACCCCAAUGACUUUGGCGAGCAAGGGUGGGCAGCGUAUGCUGUCGCACUUGCGCCCCUCUCCGACCCGGUGGGUUGGAACGCGUGGCUGCCGCCUCGGCCGCAGUUCUUGGGGGCCGCUGUCAGCACCGGCAAGGACGGCACCGGCAUUGGCACCACCACCUUCAUCGGCCGUCAACAUCAAGACAGCCGCCGCCUGCUUCUCCACACACCCGCCAGCAAGAUCCGCUUCAUCUUCUUCCUCCAUGCAAUGUUGGCGGGAUGGAUCCGAAGACCCGAUCCUGCAAGCCAAGAUGCUGCAAAUCAGAUCUCGACUGGUUUCCACAGCGAAUCAGGCUGCGAAACGGUUGCUGUCACAUCUUGCUUCUCAAAGUCAGAACCUACCACUCCUAGAGCCCAAGAUGGCGGCGAUAGUCUUCCCAAGAAGAUGCUCGAGUCCGCCGCGACGUCGUUCGCCUCCAUUCUCGUCCUUGCUGUCGGCUUCGCAGUGGCAGGCUAUGCUUACCACAAGACGUACAAGCGCAUUGUCCUGAAGAAGAUGACCCGCGCCUUCACGCCUGGUGACCCCGUUCUUGAGCUGGCCGCUAUUGGGAAGGAAGUGCCGCAAACCUCCGCCGAGGCCGAUGAUCGGUGGGUGCAGCGGCCAGAGCAGGCACGCGUCGAUAGAAUUAUCGACGGGUCAGAGGCUGGGCACUACUUUUUGCUCAUGGGCGAGAAAGGGACCGGCAAGAGCAGCAUGCUGAUCGAGGCCAUGCGUAAAAUCGACGGCGAAGGCGUGGCCAUGUUUGAGGCCCACGCAGACUUGGAAAUUGUGCGCAUACGCCUCGGCAAGGCCCUCGACUUUGAGUUCCAUGAGGAUUACAUUGGCGGUUACUUCAGCGAACGCGGUCCUCGCGACACGACGGCUCUGUUGGAUAUCGAACGUGCCCUCAACAAGCUUGAAAAAGUUGCUCUGGUCAACCGUGAAACGCGAAAGAAGCCCCUGGUUGUCAUCAUCAACCAGAUGCACCUGAUCCGCGACGAUGACGAUGGCAAGGACUUGAUCGAACUUCUUCAACAACGUGCCGAACAGUGGGCGGCGUCCAACCUCGUGACAAUGGUCUUCAACACGGAUGACUACUGGGUAUACGAGCGGUUCAAGCAGCUAGCUACGCGUAUGGAGAUUAUGUCGGUGCGCGACCUGCCCAAACGCCAAGCCAUCGCAGCUCUCGCAAAGUACCGCAUGAAAUACUUCAACGAGAAAUUGAGCCCAACGAGACUUGAGGAGGUGUAUGAUCUCGUGGGCGGCCGACUCUCGUUCUUGAAUCGCGUUGCUAAAAGCAGAGAUAUGAUUGCUACGUGCAAAUCCAUCUGUGAGGUCGAGAAAACAUGGUUCCUCAACCAGUGCUGGAUUCUCGGCGCCGAGAUGGACGACGAUGUGAUGGACCAGCAGAAGUGGGCUGCCGGUGCUAUGGUUCUCGCUCAAGCCCUCGUAGAUGAGGAAGAAGACAUGGAGCUGUACGACGACGAAAAGGGUCACGUACUGCCCAGGUUUCCGAUGCACAAGGCGCAGCAAAUCAUGACGCGUGCCGACUUCAUACGUGACAUGGACCGGCUCAACCUGUUUAGUAUCGCCGCCAAUGCUGAGGUCCGCGCCUCAUCUGUACCGAUGCACCGCGCGUUCCAAGAGAUCUGCGCCGAGAAGGGCUUCCGGGAUCAUCUGGAGGCUACGAUCCAGCGUAUCGGUGACAUCGAGUCCCUUGGCCGCACGCGCGAGCUUGUCGCCAAGGACCUUGUCCUCGGUGGCAAGUACCAGAUUGCUCGUGACGGCAAGAACGGUGUUACCGUCAAGCUUAUUGAGGGUGAAGAUUGA